AUGUUUUAUUCUUUAUUUCUUAUUUGUUUAUUAAUCAAUAUUGAUUAUACACAAAAUACUCAAUGUUCAUUUUUAAAUAGUAAAUUAAAUAAAUUUGGAAUUCAUAUAAACAUAUAUGAAAAAGAUUUUAUUGGUUUAACAUUAUGUCAAAAUUUAAUAAAUAAUUAUUGUUGUCCACAAAUUUAUGAAGAUAAAAUACAGAAUGCAACAAUAAUUGAACUUUAUCAAUUAUUUGAUUUCUAUUCAAUUAAUUUAUAUGAAUUAUUAAAACAAAUAACUUUUCAAUUAAAUGAAACAAUUAUAAAAUUAAUUGAAUCAUCACGAAAUGAAACACAUUCUAUUUUUAAAUAUAAUUAUAAAACUAUUUAUAAUUAUUAUCGUUCAUCAAUUGAUUUAUUUUUUAAUAAAUUAUUACUUAUAUCAUAUAAAAAUUAUCAAUAUGAUAUUAAAAAUAAUAUUGAAGAAUUACUUCGUAAUAUUCUUCGUAUAACAAUAAUGUUAAAUAAUUAUAAUCAUAAUAAUAAUAAUAAUAAUAAAAAUAAACCGAUUUUAUCAUCAUAUUUAUUGUGCCUAUGGAGAAAUCAUCCAUUUGGUAAUCGACAAUAUUUAAUUGUUAAUCAAUUAGAAAUGAAUUUAGGAAAAUUAUUUCAUUUAAAUGAAUUAUUUAAAUUAAGUAAUGAACUUAUUCAAGUUAUGCCAACGAGUGUUACGACAGAUAAUCAUUGUAUUGAUUCAUAUAUGCAAUUGUCAUAUUGUAACUUAUGUUCUGGACGAAAAGAAUUACCUUGUUUAUCAAACUGUAUAAAUAUUAUUGAAAGUUGUCUCAUAAAUAUCUCUUUAAUUAAUGAUGUAUGGAUAAAUUUUAUUGAUUCUAUUGAAAAUAAUGCAUAUUUUAAUGGAAUUGAAAAGGCUUUAUCAUCUAUUGGUAAAUCUAUCUCCGAUGCUCUUAUGACCCUUUUUAAUUCUGAUGGAGUACAAAACAAGGAUGAAUAUAGUAAUUCAUUAUCUAUACUUGAUCAACAACUUAGAUAUAUGAGACAAUCAUUACAAAUCUAUAGAUCAUUUUGGUUAAUAUUACCAGAACAAAUAUGUAAAUCUAAUGGACAUUCUAUUUCAACUCAGAAAACAUGUUGGACAGGAACUUCAAUUUCUCUUGAUGACAAACAAUCGAUACGAACUACUUAUGAUAAACCAUUAAGUUUACGUUUACAAAGAAUAUUAAAAGAAAUGAAAGAGAAAUCACAAAUGAUUAGCAAUAUACAACGCAUAACAACAGGAAUAAAUAUCUCAACAACAACAGCUAGAAAUUCUUUAUUAAUCGAUGGAUUAAAAUUAAAUUUAACUGAUGAUUUUGAUGAUUAUCCAGAUGAUAAUGAAUUUGAUUAUGCUGAUUAUGCAUAUGAAGAUUCAAUCGAUGAAUUAUCUUCAUCAAUACAAACAACAAGUUCAACAACUUUACAAUCAUCAAGUAUUUCUGUUUAUGAUGAUCUAUUUAUUGAUGAUAUAAAUACUGUUUCAUAUUAUGAUUAUGGUGAACAAGAUGCAUAUAGUGAUGAUGAAAUAGAUGAAACAUAUACACAAAAAUUAUCUUCGAGUUCUACAGUAUCAACAAUAACAACUAUAGUUAAAAUUCCAUCAUAUCAUCAACGACAACCUGUUAUUUGGAAUAUUAAUAUUGAUGAUGAUUUUCAUAAAAAAUCACAACAACAAUAUAACAGUAGUUUUUCUCAUAAUUAUUCACUUCUUUUAUUAUUAUCAUUAUUAAUAUUUAUUCUCAAAUAG